CCUGGACAACUGGCGUGAGAAGCGUCGACGUGCCUCGAGGGCUAAGACUGAGCUCUCUUUACCUGGUUCCUUCGGUGAAGAGCAGGAGAUAGAAGAGAUGCGCCGCAUGGCUGGAGUGCGCCAGCUGGUACGGCAAAUAAAGUGA